AUGGACGUAAGAAUAGAUAAUGUAAAAUUACAACAGGUGCAUUCCUUGAAAUAUCUGGAAGCUAUAUUGGAACCUAAUGGCAGAAAUGAAAUAGAAUUUUCUGAAAGGAUAGGAAAGGCGAACAACUUGUACUAUACGAUGAGUAAAGGUUUUAUCAACAAAAAAGAAAUGUCCAAGGAAACAAAAAUAACAAUAUAUAGACCUAUAUUGACAUGGAUGCGAAUCCUGGAUUCUAUCGCAACAACAAAAAAGUAA